CCUUCUUUGAGAACUCAAAAGCUCCGAAAUUACAGAAAUCUGGCAUUGUUAGUUAUUAAACCCUAGAGCCAAAACCCUACGCCAUGAAGGUCAAAGUAAUAUCCCGCUCCGAUGAUGACUUUACUCGAGAACGAAGCCAAGAUCUUCAGAGAGUUUUUCGCAAUUUCGAUCCCAAUCUUCGACCCCAAGAGAAAGCUAUUGAGUAUGCUCGGGCACUUAAUGCCGCCAAAUUGGAUAAGAUAUUUGCAAGACCCUUUAUUGGAGCAAUGGAUGGGCACAUUGAUGCUGUGUCAUGUAUGGCUAAAAAUCCAAAUUAUUUGAAAGGGAUAUUUUCUGGUUCUAUGGAUGGAGAUAUUCGCCUUUGGGACAUAGCUUCCAGGCGAACAGUCCGUCAGUUUCCUGGUCAUCAAGGUGCUGUACGAGGUUUGACAGCCUCUACAGAUGGGCGUAUUCUGGUAUCUUGUGGAACUGAUUGCACUGUAAGGCUUUGGAAUGUUCCCAUAGCUACCAUUGUGGAAUCAGAUGACUCCUCUAACCAUGCAGCAGAGCCAUUGGCAGUUUAUACUGGGAAGAAUGCAUUUUGGGGUGUUGAUCACCAAUGGGAUGGUGAGCUCUUUGCCACAGCUGGUGCUCAAGUCGAUAUUUGGAAUCACAAUAGAUCUCAGCCAAUUAACAGUUUUGAGUGGGGUACAGACACAGUUAUAUCUGUUCGAUUUAAUCCAGGGGAACCAAACCUCUUAGCAACAUCAGCUAGCGACCGCAGCAUAACAUUGUAUGAUUUGCGUGUAUCAUCUCCAGCAAGGAAACUUAUCAUGAGGACAAAAACUAAUUCCAUCGCGUGGAAUCCUAUGGAGCCAAUGAACUUCACAGUUGCAAAUGAGGAUUGCAACUGCUAUAGUUAUGAUGCUAGAAAAUUUGAAGAAGCCAAAUGUGUACACAAAGAUCAUGUUUCUGCAGUGAUGGAUAUUGACUUCUCACCUACUGGUCGAGAAUUUGCAACAGGAUCAUAUGAUAGAACAGUUAGAAUUUUCCAGUACAAUGGUGGUCACAGCCGAGAAAUCUAUCAUACAAAGAGAAUGCAAAGGGUAUUCUGCGUCAAGUUCAGUUGCGAUGCUAGUUAUAUUAUUUCAGGAAGUGAUGACACCAAUCUUAGGUUAUGGAAAGCUAAAGCAUCAGAGCAAUUGGGAGUGCUGCUUCCGAGGGAAAGAAAAAGGCAUGAAUAUAAUGAAGCUCUCAAGAAUCGGUAUAAGCACCUUCCUGAGGUUAAGCGAAUCGUAAGGCAUAGACACUUACCGAAACCCAUAUACAAAGCAGCUGCUCUCAGACGUACAGUGACUGAAGCUGAAAGGAGGAAAGAAGAAAGAAGGAAAGCUCAUAGUGCUCCAGGAAGUGUUGUAACUGAACCAUUACGUAAAAGAAGAAUCAUCAAAGAAGAAGAGUGAGUUAUGCGUUCUCAGGUAUUUUGAUCAUCAAGGUCCUCAGGUCAGGCUCUUCCCUGGUUGCCAUGCCACAAUUAAGCCAAAACCCAAAGUGAACUGAACAUGGAAGCUCUAGUAUGUUCGGAGCUGAUUGUAUUUAGCAGUUUUGAUAGGCCAAGUUCAUCCAUGCUUUGUAUUCUUCAAAUAAUUUUUCCCCUUUUUAUGGUUGAGAAUAGUUUAUUCAUUUUUAAUAGGAUUUACUAUUGUGGGAAUAUUGUGGAACGCACUAUCAAGUUGUCAGUUUUUUUUAAUUAUUAUUAUUAUAAAAAGAAAAAUAGAAAGAAGCACAAUAUUCUGUCCAA